ACUGGAGCUAUAGGCAGUUAUCGAAUCCAACUUCUCUAUUUUACAGUUAAAGAGAUGACGUGCUCAAGGUCAUAGAGGGAAGUGUUUAGUCCCAGGACCGGGAUUCGAAUCCUAGUCCUUUCACCAAAUUCCGUACUUUUCUGUUACCGCCUCAUUCUCAUACUACCCCCUUCAAAGAGCGAAAAUUCCCAUUACAAUAGCCAUUAGGACUUUUUAAAAAGUGGAUUCUCAUCCAUCCAAACAUAAACGUCAGCCUCUAAUUUAAAAAUCACUCGCAAGGUACUACUAUGAAGUACAAACUACUGCUGACUUUUCUUGGGGAUAGAUCGCAUCACAGGCAACUCGAACCGAAUUCCAAUGGAAGAAGAAUCGCGAUAAAUAAAGGGGAAAAAAAUCUCUUCACCCCUGGAGCUGUGCCCGAUAGCUCUUGAGCAGACGCUCUUGCACAUCUUUUCUAUAACAUGCUUUUCGUUCAUUUGUUCCCAGUGAGGCUCCCCCUUUGAGGCUCUCCCUGGGCUUAGUAGGGGGGAGAAGGGGACAGCUCCGGCCAGACAUGCUAUGAUGUCACCUACAGGGGUGGGCUUGGAGCCUGAACAAUAUCUUGAGGCUGGGGAGAGGGCGGGGUUUCUCCCUCCGAAGUGGGCGGGCCUGAGUUUCAGGUUUGCAGCUGGAAGCAGAACCAGCGGCUCUCCGAGAGUGGAUGUGCUGCUGAAGCUCUGACUGCUGCAGCUGCCGCAGCCCUGGUGACCACAGAGAUAACCCCAGCCCCCAAACAAAUAAAUGCAAACUCGCUUCCACCGGGCUGAAGGGACCCGGUAGGGUCCCAGCUGGCGGCUUCGGUCUCCGCGGCCAUCCCUGGGAGGCAAAGGGCUCGCAGGUGAAAUCCGUGCUUGAGUCUCCUCCCACCCUCCACGAGUUUCCCAGCAAAGAUUCUCGGAUUACUCUUUCUUCAAUCCUUGGCGUAUUUGGGGGGAGGUGGGGGCUGCGUUAGAGGAGAGAUAAGGCAGGUGAGUCCGGUGAGGGCAGUGCAGACUAGUGUCCUUCGGCUGGGAAAAGCUGGGUUGCGUGGGCUCCGGCUCCUGUUGCUGGAAUCGCGAUGGAAGGAGGACCGCUCUUGCGUUUGGACUUUCUCCUCCUCCUCUUUUUGGUCCUUUUCCCCUGUGCGAGAGGCGAUGAUUUGCAGACGUGUGAAGAAGUUCGGAAACUUUUCCAGUUGCGGCAUCUGGGACUUGUCAAAGGGCUGCCGGAAACCCCUCGGGCAGGUCCCGAUCUCCAGGUUUGCACAUCCAAAAAUCCUACUUGCUGUACUAAAAAGAUGGAAGAGAGAUAUCAAAUUGCAGCCCGGCAGGAUAUUCAGCAAGUCCUUCAGACCUCAAGUUCUACAUUGAAAUUCCUGAUUUCUCGAAAUGCAGCUGCUUUUCAAGAAACCUUUGAAACCCUCAUCAAGCAGGCAGAGAAUUACACAAGCACCUUAUUCUGCAACACGUAUAGGAACAUGGCUUUAGAGGCUGCUGCCUCCGUUCAGGAGCUCUUUACAGACGUGGGGCUCUUUGUGUUUGGCACCGACAUCAGUCCAGAUGAAUCUGUGAACAGAUUCUUUGACACGCUGUUUCCUCUGGUCUACAAUCAUCUCAUUAACCCUGGUGUGACGGACAUUUCCCUGGAAUACUCGGAAUGCAUUCGAAUGGCAAGGCGAGAUAUUAACCCCUUUGGUAACAUUCCCCAAAUUGUAAUGGGACAGAUGGGGAGAUCCUUGUUACCCAGCCGGACUUUCUUGCAAGCCCUUAAUUUAGGUAUUGAAGUUAUCAAUACGACUGAUCAUCUGCAAUUCUCAAAAGAGUGCAGCAAAGCCCUCCUGAAGAUGCAAUAUUGUCCCCACUGCCAGGCUCUGACUUUAAGUAAGCCUUGUAUGGGCUACUGCCUUAAUGUGGUUAGAGGCUGUUUGGCCAAUGUGGCAGAAAUUGACCCUCACUGGCGGGGCUAUAUCCGAUCCCUGGAAGAACUCUCGGAUACUAUACAUGGAACAUAUGACAUUGAGCAUGUACUUCUGAACUUCCACUUACUUGUUAAUGAUGCUGUUAUGCAGGCUCACAUCAAUGGAAAAAAAUUAGCUGAGCAGGUGAACAAGAUCUGUGGUCCUCCUGUAAGAACACCCACACAAACUCCUGGUUGUUCUCUUGAUCAGAGUAAAGAUAAGCAAGGAAUGAAGAUCUCUUCAAGAGAUGGUGAAGAAAGCCUUGCCAGCAGAAGAAAAGAAUUUAUCAACAGCCUGCGUCUAUACAAGACUUUUUAUGGUGGCCUGGCUGAUCAGCUUUGUGUUAAUGAAUUAGCAGCUGCUGAUGGACUGCCCUGCUGGAAUGGAGGAGAUGUGGUCAAAAGCUAUACCCAUCGUGUGGUUGGAAAUGGAAUUAAAGCUCAAUCUGGAAAUCCAGAAGUGAAAGUUAAAGGGACUGAUCCUAUCAUAAACCAAAUUAUUGAUAAACUGAAACAUGUUAUUCAGUUACUCCAGGGAAGAUCUUCUCCAAAACCUGAGAGAUGGGAUUUACUCCAAGUGGGCAGUGGUGGACGCAUAGAUGAUCAAGUCAGUGGAGACUGUGAUGAUGAAGAUGGCUGUGGAGGAUCAGGAAGUGGAGAAGUAAAACGGGUGCUGAAAAUCACAAACUGGAUGCCAGAUGAGAUGAACCUCAGUGACGUCAAGCAAAUCCAUCAAACAGAUGGUGGAAGCACUUUAGACACAAGUGGAGCAGGACGCUUGGCAGUGACUGCUUAUCUGACAUUUACCCUGAUUAGUGUGGCAACAUUCAUUCUCAGUCUUUGGUAACAGAAUAAUUCUGGCUCGACUCAUACAUCUUACUGCAAACGUCAUACCCCUUCCCAUCCUUCAUAAGCCUGGAAUAAGAAAUCUGUUGAAUGUAGAAAUUAUAUGUAUGGUAGUUUACAUCCUAUUAACCUUUCAGAUUCCAGAAUUGAUUGUUCAAAAUGUAUGUGAUUAUCAUAUCACUUUAAAAUAUGAAGGUAAUUAAAAAAAAACUUUCCUUUGUUUGGGGAAUAGCCUAUGUGAGGAAGGUAACACAUCCCUUCUGUUAAUAUAAAAAGCACGAAAUCAUUUUAAAUAAAAAAGGAUAUGUUGCCACGUUGUAUAUUUUUACAUGUUUAGAUUCUUCCUCUUUUUCUGAAAGUCCUGGGAAAUUUAAAUUAUAGUUUGUAAAACAAUGUAACAUUUCAUAUCAACUACUAAAAUAGAGGAAAUCCAAAAUCUGCUAUGCUAACAGAAAACAAUAUAUGAUGGAGCAUGCACAUAUUCCCAAAUUGUUCUCUCAUGUCUACCAGCAAUCAACACUGGCUACAUUUUUUAAGUCAUAUAAGAAAAAAAGGAACCUUGGUUGGAUAGUGGCAUUUCAUACUGUUACAUGGUGGAAUGGAGUGCAUAUUUAUUCUUUUUAAUUAAUCUAUUAACAGAUUGUAUAGAUGAUUAUUGUGGUUGUGGCUGAUUCACAUUCUAUUUUGCCCUAAGUUUAAUCUUGAUUAUUAUUGUACUCUCCCUACUCCCCUGCUUGCCUAAUACAUUUAGCUAUCCUACACAGCAUCCACAGACUAUGUUUUAGGAGUCUCUCUAUUCAACUUAUUGAUUUUUAUAUGGAAAAAUACUUUAAAGUAUAUCUGUCAUUUUCUUUUGGCCACAUAGAUAAAUAAAUCACUCACAUUGGAAAAUAACAUAGAAUAUUGUUGGAUUUUUAAAACCCAAAACUUGUAAAAAUAAUUGAAUAUCAAAAAAAGAGUUGAGUAUCAAUGAAUUUCUAAAAUAUCCCUCAGUGGUGAAAGAAAAGUAAUUAUGAACAGUGCAUAAAAAGAAGACAUUUCAUUUAUCCUUUCCUUUUCCUCCUCUACUAGUAAAGUUGCUGAUCUGCAGUCCCCAAUUUCCCAGUUGUGAUAAGAUGUCUCAGCACACAAUGAUUAGGUUACAUCUAUGACACCCUAUAAGGAGGAAGAGAUAAGUCAAAUUUUAUUAAGGAGUGUCGCAUUCAGUCAAUGGCCAAUGAUUAUAAUUAAUGUGAACUGUCAUCCUAAUAAAGAGAAGUGCUGAGCCUUUUUUUAUAAUGACUUGAAAGGACAUGGAUCGACCUCUGACAAACAACGCAAGAGGACUCAGUCAACAGCAAAAACCAGUGAAGUAAAAGAUGUUUCCAACAUGGAUAAUAGUCAAUUAACAAAGCAAUUUCCCCCCAAAACUUUCACUUAAUUAGAAAGAUAAAUUAAUAUAGGUAUAUGUGCAUAUGUGUGUGUGUAUAUAUAUUUAUAUAUAUACACAAUAAAUAAUUAUAUUAUAUAUCACAUUUUGCAACUGUUACCAUUGCUAAAAAUAUUUUUAGAGCUCCUCCUUUGAGAUUAUCUUUAGGCUUGAGGGCACAUUCUACAGUAACACAUUCAUAUGGAAAGUCCACCAUUUUUGGCUUGUGGGGGGAAAACCAGACUUUCUAUGUAAUGUAGAUUCAUCAGAUUCAACUUUUAUCUGUCUUGUUUCAGUAAGCUGCAAGAGGAUGAUAUUGCCAGAAAAUCCAAAUUAAAUAGCUCUCUGUUAGAGACUCUAGAAGGAGAAGAAACAAUAGACCAGAUUCUGGGAUAAGGUUGAGAAGAGUUUAAGGCUGAUGGAUAUACCAGAGAUCUACCAGGGAAUAUUCUUAAGAAUAAGACAGAAGGGAAAAGAAAAUUACAUUUCACAAAGCUCUCUUUUAUUAAUCUCUAAAAAUUCAAUUUUGACUGAGAAUAUAUCAGCAAGAAACUAAAACAAUCAGACUUUAAUUGGAAUUGAUUCAAUUGGUAGAUAGGAAUAGAGGUAAGUACAUUCAGAGGUGACAAUAUGUGUAUACACAUAUAGUAGUUCAUUUGGAACAACAUAGAUUACAUUAAUUUUCAGUUUUCAGUUGAUGGCUUUGGCUUUGUGAGGAUGCAGAAACACAAUUUUGUUCCUAUUGUCAAAAUGGCUUCAUUUGUUUGCAAAAUGAUCAUUGUUUAUCUUUUAUACCUUUUUAUACUUCCAGUCUCCUCCAAUGAAUGCUAAUCUGUAUGAAGUAGCAUUAUAACUAAAUAAUCCAAGCAAAUCUUCAUAAAACAAAAAGAUUUCAGAUGCUCCAACAAUGGUUCAAUUACUUCCAAUAGUAUUGACUAUAAUAUAACAAAAUGUAAAGGAAAACAAUUUCUCAGAGAUGGUUGUAAAAGGAUUUGCUGUAUACCUCAAAUUCAGCAACCAAUCACUUUAUUCACCACUAAAUGAUUUCAUAUAAAUGGCUCACAAAUAUGUGAAGUAAAAUAUUAGAUCAUUUCUCUUUGGAUGAAAAUGUGCUUUAUGUACCAAUUUCAUCAACCUAGAAUAUGCUGAAAUAUUUCAGAGACUGAUUGAAAGGAUGAUUAUUAAUUAUAAGACAAUAAUGAUGCUUCUAUCUUAUGCAGGAACUUUUAUUCUUACUGCCAAAAUAAUAUUUCAAUGUUUCUAUCAAUGGGUUUUGCUGUGCUAACAUUUUAAAACUUAUAUCUCUCCCUUUUAAAAAAUCACAACCAUAAAAAGCAAAAAAUGUAAAUUAAGAAAACUAAUAACAUGUCACUCAUGGCAAUGAAGCAGUUUUCUCUUGUGUCUGUUUAUCUUGGGAGAGUCAAAAAUUCUUUAAGUCAUGUCAACAGGUCCCAAAUAGAAAUUGGAAAGCAAUGAAUAUUAUGUGUGGAUUAGAAUAGACAAAUCUCCUAAAUGAACAUCUCAUGGCCUCUCCUUUUGACAGAAGACAAUCUGGUUGAGCAAAUACCAUCAGCAGUAUUUUUUGCUUUCUCAAAGGAAAAAAUAGAUUAUGCUAUUUGCAACAAAAGUUUCUGAUUUUCUAACAUUUUCUAUUAGGAUCUUUAAAAAGAUCGAUUCAUUAUUUUCAUAACGAAAAUUUAUCACAUAUUGUAUUAUUUCAUUAAAUGUAUUGUUUCAUUUACAGGAACCACUCAAGGUUAAGGUCUAAAAGAACUGUUUUACAUGCAGAAUAUUUUCCCUGGUAUUUUGAGUGAAAUUCACUAAAGCAAGCAGAGAUGUUUGUACUUACUUUAGGCCAUGAGCAAUGAUAACCUAUAAUGUUGUGAAGGUUGAUAAAAACCACAAAAAUAAGCAUUUAAGGCAAUGUCUAUGGUAUGGAAGAGAUGAAGUUUUGCUUUCUGUACUGAAUAUUGUGAGUCCAUCAUUGCUAAUUAAAAGUAUGGAAAACAACAUAA